CCGCCGGGGGGGAGCCGGUGCGGGACAUCCGCUGUGAGUUCUGCGGGGAGUUCUUUGAGAACCGCAAGGGUCUGUCGAGCCACGCGCGCUCCCACCUGCGCCAGAUGGGGGUGACGGAGUGGUACGUCAACGGCUCCCCCAUCGACACGCUGCGCGAGAUCCUCAAGCGCCGAACUCACCCGCGGAGCGGAGCUUCCAACCCCAUGGGCCCCGGGCACAAAGCCAUGGCCAAGACCCUCCUGGCGGCCAUGGGACCCCUGGAGCCGCGGGGUCCCGGCGAGCUCCACAUCCCGACUCUGCCCAAGAAGGUCCAGCAGCCCGGCAGUCCCCUGGGCCACUCUCCUACCUCGUCCCCGCCUCCCACUGCCCGGAAGAUGUUUCCAGGCCUCUCUCCUCCCUCCUUGCAGAAGAAGCUCAAACACGACCAGAUGAGAGUGGAAAUCAAGCGUGAGAUGAUGACCGGGGGUCUCCACGGGGAGCCCCAUCCCUCCGACCAGGCUUGGCCGCCGCUGGAGGAGAUGUCACCCUUGAACCUCUCCUCCCGAGCCGACCCGGUGCGGGACAUCCGCUGUGAGUUCUGCGGGGAGUUCUUUGAGAACCGCAAGGGUCUGUCGAGCCACGCGCGCUCCCACCUGCGCCAGAUGGGGGUGACGGAGUGGUCGGUGAACGGCUCCCCCAUCGACACGCUGCGCGAGAUCCUCAAGAAGAAAUCGAAGCCCUGCGUCAUCAAGAAGGAGCCCCACACCUCCAUCAUCGAAACCCCCAAAGGCUUUGGGGAGGAGGGGAUGGACCCCAAGCCCUCUGGAAAAGUGCUGCAGGCCAUGGCCCUGCCUCCACUGGGCGGGAGGACGGGGAAACCCGGCGGCUCCAGCAUCGGCCGCGAGCUCUCGCUGUCGCCGCUCACCGCCAAGCCCCACGGCGCCUUCCUGACACCGCUGGCCACCAAACGGCCGCUGCAGGACGACCGCCUGGGUCCCCACCCCGAGGUGAAGCACAAGGCCUACAUCCAGACCGAGCUGCCCUUCAAAACCAAGUCCGUGCACGACAAGCCCACGCACACAUCCACCGAAGCGUGCUGCGAGCUCUGCGGCCUCUACUUCGAGAACCGCAAGGCUCUGGCCAGCCACGCGCGGGCGCACCUGCGGCAGUUCGGCGUCACCGAGUGGUGCGUCAACGGCUCGCCCAUCGAGACGCUCAGCGAAUGGAUCCGGCACCGGCCGCAGAAAGCCGGCGCGUAUCGCAGCUACAUCCAGGGCGGCCGACCCUUCACUAAGAAAUUUCGGAAUUCGUCGCACGCCCGAGAUCACGACGGAGCGCGGAGGGUGCCGCUGAGCCUGCAGCACGGCGGCAUGGCGCUGCUGAGCAAAGGGCUGGCGGCGGAGCUGGCGCACGGAGAGCCCUGCAAGAUCCUGGACGGCACCGGGGAGCGGCCCGUGGUCACCUCGCCGCUCUCGCUGGUGAAGAUGGAAGAGCAUCAGCGCUCGAAUUUCCACAAGUUUGAGCGGAGGCAGGCAAGGCCCCUGGACCCCUCCCUGCACCGGGAGGAGGAGGGGGCCGACUUCCAGCAGAAGAUGGAGGAGACCCGCCAGCCCCCACCCAGGAUGAGGCCGGUGCCCUCGCUGGUCCCCCGCCCGCCGCAGACCUCCCUGGUGAAGUUUGUGGGUAACAUCUACACCCUCAAGUGCAGGUUCUGUGAGGUGGAGUUCCAGGGCCCCCUCUCCAUCCAAGAGGAGUGGGUGCGACACCUCCAGCGACACAUCCUGGAAAUGAAUUUCUCCAAAGCAGACCCCCUGCGGGGGGACGCCCCGGCCCCCGAGCCCCCCGCCGUGGCCGAGGCUCAGUAACGGAGCCCCCCACCCCAGGGCGACGGAGCCGAA